ACAAGAUAAAAUUGCUAUGUGCUGAGUCAGAGGUGCUGAGUUUGAGUAGAACAGUGUUAGCUCUUGGUUGUUAGAAGAAAGGCCGGAGAUAUAUAGACUAUGGCUAUGGAUGCUGAGGUAACCAUUCUUCAGGUGGAGGAGGACACAGAAAUAGUGUGUCUUAGUGGUACUCGAAGGAAGAGCGAUGAAAGCAAGGGCAAGGGACCAGCCAACCCAAGCAAACGAAUUGUUAGAAAGAGGCAUGCUGAUGAUGUGAUAACUAUUGAAGAGAGCUCCCCCAAACAACAAUGUCCUUCUCAUAGAGACAGUCUCCACCAUGACACUACAUACAGGGAUGGACCCUCUACUAGCAGUCAUACUAUUCUCCUACUACAAGAUGAAGCUUUGGCCCGACAAUUACAAGAACAAGACUGUGCCAUCAUGUCUAGCAAUAAUGACAGACUACUAGAAGAUGAAGCUUUUGCUAAGAAGCUACAGACGGCAGACUCAGCAAGUGGAGGCAGUAGCACUUGUCCCAUUGUACUACAAGAUGAGCAGUUGGCACUCACACUUCAAGAAGAGGAGUUUGCCUUCAAUACCAACACACUCACUCAGAUUAAGCUGGAUGCAGAGUAUGCCAAACUAUUGAUACUCAAAGAUAAGGAUAAAACACUUUCCACCAUUGGUCUAUCAGAUGCUACACCUGAUGUUGUACCUACUCCCCAACGUAUUGACCCACCCCCCAACACUCUACUACCCCCCCGGCCCCUCACUCCAGUACCCCCCAUCACUCCACUACCCCCCACCACUCCAGUACCCACCAACACUCGACUACCCCCCACCACUCCACUGGACAGACUGCCCAAGUGCUGGACUGCCUGCCCAACGUGUAAACCCACUGACUCACGUCGCUAUCAUCUCAUAGAGGUGGCCCAAUCUUCCUCUGAAUGGAAGUUUGUCUCUGAUCCUCUGACACAAGCCAACUUCACUGUAGGCAGAGUACAACGUAUUCAGAAUGAAUCGCUAUGGGAACGACUCUCAUCAGAGAAGAGCUUAAUGUUGCGUCAGAGAGAUGACGUGAAUAUGCAGUUACUCUACCACACCUCCAGAGCACAACCAUCCGUCAUCUGUGAGGAGGGACUAGACAAUAGACUAUCAAGAGACGGAAACUUUGGUAAAGGAAUAUAUUUCAGUGACAACCCAGCCAAGUGUGACGGCUAUUCUGGUGGUGAUGUGUACAAGAAAAUGUUUUUGUGUCGUGUCCUGAUGGGGCACAUCAAGUCUACUACUUAUUUCAGGAAUAUGGCAUCAAUCAAGUGGACCCCACUCUUGUGCGUGAACCACCCAAGAAGAAUCCCAAACCAGGAGAGCCUAAGACCUAUGACUCUGUCAAGGGCACUCUGCGUGGGCUCAAUGAAUUCAUUGUGUACAAUGCUUAUAGAGUGAUGCCAGAGUAUCUUAUUGAGUAUUUCUCCUCUCCUUCCUCUGCCAAUCUGGCUAACAUAGCGGCACUGGCUAACAAGGCUAAGAGAAGAGGUAAAAAAAGAGGAAAGAAGAAAGUAUAGGAAAGAAGAAAGCUAUUGAACUGCAUGUACUCAAUCAUGAUUCCCAUUCAUUCAAUUAUCAUUAUCUGCUGUUGUAUAAAUCAUAACUGUUGUGUUAUUCUG